AUGGCGAUGAUGGAGUGGAAGGAAAGUGCUCUGACCAGCGACUUGGAAAUCCACAGCCGCCCAGACUGGGCCGACGAUGUCUCCGAUUCCGAACAGAUCAACGACCCCUCGGCGCUGCCCGCCCCUGUGACGACAGUGAACAAAGAUGGGACACGGACCACGGUAUUCUACCGCUUCAACGACCAGGGCCAGAAAGUGAAAGUCACACGCAAGACCCGGAUCACAACCCACAAGGAAAAAGUUAACCCGGUCGUCGCUGAACGACGUACCUGGGACAAAUUCGGCCUCGAGAAGGGUAAGCCCAAGGGUCCACAGCCUGACACCACCUCCGUGGGCGAGAACAUCCUCUUCCGACCAAGUCGGGAUUGGAAGAACGUGCAGGCCGAAGAAGCCAAAGCUGGUGGCGGCAAGGCCGAGGAGAAGUCGCUGAAGGAGCAACUGAGAGAUAAGAAGGUGAAGUGUCGUAUUUGCCAGGGCGAGCAUUUCACAGCCAGAUGUCCUUUCAAAGACACGAUGGCGCCCGCGGAUGAUGGGACAACACCUGUGGCGGAUCCCAUGGCCGACGAUGAUGAAUCUGGGCCCAAGCCUCAAGGUGGGCUCGGUAGUGGCGGCAGCAGUUACGUCCCGCCCCAUCUCAGGAAAGGUGCUCAAGGAGCCGGGGAGAGGAUGGGCGGAAAAUACGAACGAGACGACUUGGCUACGUUGCGAGUUACGAACGUCUCCGAGAUGGCCGAAGAGCAAGAGCUCCGCGAUCUCUUCGAGCGGUUCGGCCGCGUCACCAGAGUCUUCCUCGCAAAGGACAGAGACACCGGUCGUGCCAAGGGAUUUGCGUUCAUCUCUUUUGUGGACCGAUCUGAUGCCGCUAGAGCAUGUGAGAAGAUGGAUGGCUUCGGUUACAGACACUUGAUCCUGAGAGUCGAGUUUGCAAAGAGGACGACCUAG